CUCCACGGCACAAACAGUACACGCUCUCUCCUCGCUGUCACCUACUCCCAUCCGAUGGCGGCGGCGGCGGCGGCGGCGGCGGCGGCGGAGGACGUGGAGUUCGUCGACUACGACCGCGACGACGACGACGACGCCAUGGACGAGGACGAUCGGGGCGGUGGCCGCGGCGGGCGCGCGCUCCCGGUGCCCCACAUCGUCUCCCGCGGCGUGAUGCGCACGCGCGGCCGCCUCCUGGGCCGCAGCCCCUCCGUGCUCGCCUCCAACCGCGACCGCUUCGACCCCCUCGCCGAUGCCGGCAAACCCGGGCACGGCCCACAGCGCUCUAUUGAAGGAUGGAUACUGCUUGUCUCUGGAGUUAAAGAAGAUGCAGAAGAAGAAGAUCUGUACAAUGCUUUCAGUGAAUUUGGUCAUGUCAAGGAUCUACAUUUCAAUCUGGAACGCCGCACUGGAUAUGGCAAGGGAUAUGCAUUUAUUGAAUAUGAAAGUUGUGAGGAAGCAGAAAUUGCGAUCAGAGCAAUGAAUGGGUCUCAGCUGUUAACAAAGACUAUCUAUGUUGAUUGGGCAUUCAGCCGAGGUCCUAUACAGAAGCUCACAAGUACAAGGCCAUUACGUCGGCGAUCUCGGACUCCUCCCCGUAGGCUUGCUGCCUUGACAUGUUGACCGGGAGCUACUAGGUAAUCGAUGUACGGUGUCUUCCACAUCCAGCACUCCUGAGUCUUGGUUCUGCUAGGCUUAAUAUCUGUACUUAGCUUGAUCAGCUUUGCUAGUUGACUCUAAUAGUCUGAUCUAGCUAUGCCUGUGGUGGAGUUUGUUGCCUGUUCUGACUUAAUACACCAGCUAGAAGACAUUGAGUUGUGAUGACAUUGAGAUGGAAGUUGUUCUCCUGAUUCUAACAUUUAAGGAAAACAACUUUCAUAGAGAUAAACUGAUCUCUUGCUAUUUGCUUAGCUAGUUCGUGAUUGUUCAUUUCACGGUAAUAAGUUGUGCACUCUGCAUGCAGCAUGCUUCACUUGCUACCACAUCAGCUUAUGUGGUCACAACUGAUGCUGUUGUUGGAUUCAGUUGUGCAUGCAAUCAACAUUUCUUUGCAUAGCAUGCAGAUAUUUCACAUCAAUCCGAUUUG